GUCUGCGAGACCCCAUCGGUGAAGGGAGCAAGUCUGGACGCUGUCGCUACGUGUCCCAUCGGUCCAGGUACCGACUUCAGUAGUUACUGUCCGUACAACACAGACCGAAGCAUGAACCGUCUAAGGAGCGUGACCCUAUUGGUCCUAGCGGCCAUAUUUUCCAGUGCCUCCAGUUUGUCUAUUCCUGGACACGGACUAGCACUCUUAGGAGCACCAAGUUGUCCUGAGAUAUAUGGCGAACAGGCGUACCCACAUCCAGAAGAUUGCAAUUCUUUCUUCCUCUGCACGAAUGGCAGUUUGACCCUGGAACACUGCGAGAAUGGCCUCCUGUUCGACGGUCAUGGCAACAUUCACAACCACUGCAACUAUAACUGGGCUGUUAACUGCGAUCAUCGCAAACCUGAUCUGACUCCAUUAAGUACACCUGGAUGUGAAUAUCAGUUUGGUCUAUAUCCUGACAGCGAUACCUGCAGUACAACUUAUAUUAAGUGCGUACAUGGACAACCGCUUGAGGAACACUGCGAUGCUGGAUUGGUCUACGACCCCAAAAGUCACACGUGUGUCUGGCCCGAUCAACUUAUCCCGUACUGCAAUCCAGAGGCCAUUGUAGGAUUUAAGUGCCCUUCAAAAGUACCCGCACAUACUGCUGCUGCCAAAUUCUGGCCAUUCCCAAGAUUCCCAGUACCCGGUGAUUGUGGAAGAUUGAUCACUUGCGUAGAAAGUCACCCACGACUUCUCACCUGUGGCGAUGGAAAGCUGUUUGAUUCUGAAACUCUAAGUUGUCUGGAUCCAGAUGAUCUUCCUCAUUGUGCUAAUGGACUUUAAAGCAAUGAAAUCAAAAUCGUGAUCUCUUAUCCUGGAAACCCAACUCAACUCCGAUAUGAUUGCGCAAGAAGCCCUUCUAAAAUUGUUUAAAUGUAAAUAAUAAAUAAAAUGUUUUAUCUAGAACAAUUAAAAAUA